CGCACUUCAGCUCGAGACUACAAGUUCAGCGAUUAAGCAAAAGCACUGUGCCUGCGUCGGGGGUAAAAUGGCCAGACGGAAAGCAAGACUUUGCUUGUGUAUCAGUAUUCUGGUGAUAUGUGUAAUUAUCAUCAUUAUUAUCUGCGUGACUCGCUUUAAGGAGGGGUGUUCUGGCAGAGCUUUCAAAAAAGCAGCAGUGGCAGCGGACUCGGAAACCUGUUCCAAGAUCGGCCGAGAUAUACUGCAGUCAGGUGGCUCAGCCGUAGAUGGCGCCAUUGCUACUUUACUGUGCACGUCAGUCAUAAAUCCCCAGAGUAUGGGCAUUGGAGGAGGAUCUAUAUUCACAAUACUGGAAAAAAGUGGCAAAGUGAGAAUCAUCAACGCUAGAGAGACUGUUCCAAAAGUUUUUAAAGCAGAUCUUCUUGCAGAAUGUCCAACAACAUUCCAGCCAAUGGAAGGUGCUCAAUGGAUUGGUGUCCCAGGUGAAAUCCGUGGCUAUGAGCGAGCUCAUAAACUGUAUGGACGUCUGCCUUGGGCCAGUUUAUUUAAGCCCACUAUUAAGAUGGCAAGAGAGGGCAUCCCCAUUCCCUAUUUGCUCUCUCGAUUUUUGCCACUCUUAAAGCAGAAAACACAAUUACAACUACGUCAGUUGUACCAGAAUGAACAAGGGGAGCUGUUAAAAGAGGGGGACAUAGUGAGAUUUGAGAAACUAGCAGAUACUCUUGAGAAAAUUGCAGCACAGGGAGCAGAUGCAUUCUACACAGGAGACAUUGGCAAAGACCUAGUCAAUGACAUAAAAAAAGCAGGUGGAAAAAUGUCUCUGGAGGACUUGAGUUCAUUCAGCGUAUCUGAAUCUGAUGCCUGGAACGUGACCCUCGGAGAGUAUGACAUGCACUUUCCCCCACCACCAGGAGGGGGUGCUACACUUAGCUUCAUACUUAACACAAUGCUAGGUUAUAACCUUAGCCCUAAAUCUCUGCAAGGGAAGGAGAAAGUUUUAACAUUCCAGCGAUAUGUAGAAACUUGCAAAUUUGCCAACGGUCUCAAGAGAUUCAUGAGAGAUCACAAGUUUGCUUCUCAGACGGAAGCAGUUGAGAUCACUCAGAAGCAUUUUGCUGAGAAAGUGAGAGCAAAAAUCAGCCCUGACCACACUUAUGAUGUCAGCUACUACAACGUCACUCCAUACCUGGAUUCACAUGGCACCUCUCACGUGUCCGUGCUCGCUGAGGAUGGUAUGGCUGUGUCUGUGACCAGCACCAUCAACCACAUAUUUGGAUCCAGAGUUUACUCAGCCAAAACAGGCAUCCUCCUCAACAAUGAACUUGCAGACUUCUGUGGGAAAACAGAUCAAAUUCAUGCUGGCGAGCAGCCACCUUCCUCCAUGUCUCCAGUGAUUCUCCACUCUCCAUCCGAGAAGCACACAGUGGUUAUAGGAGCAUCAGGCGGUAGCAUGAUCACCACUGGCAUGGCAAUGACCCUCCUGAACUUCCUGUGGUUCGGAAAGACUCUGAAAGAUUCCAUCGCUGCCCCUGUCGUGUUUGUAGACUCCAAAAAUUUUCUCAACUUUGAACCCUCGUUUGACAAGGAAGUUGUAGAGUCACUUAAUAAGACGGGGCACAAAAUUAAAGCCCCACUGAUGUUCUAUAAUGUGGUUAAUGCAGUAUCAAAGGAAAACAGCUGCAUCGAUGCCGUAUCUGACUCAAGGAAAAUGGGAAAAGCUGCAGGGUACUGACCUGGAGUGCAGCUGGAGACCAAUUCACAUCAGUUCUCGGAACUCUGCUUAAUGCAUCUGUCCUGUGUUUUGGAGUAGCUUAAAAUGAGAUUAAGUACACUGGGCAGAUGACAAACUGAAAUAGCAGCAGAAAGCACCAUCAAUAUUUGAUUAUACAGUAACUGAUCAUAUGAAUUUGACAAUUCAUUGUGAAAAAUGUGAAUGGAGUGAAGUACUCGUGUUGUAUAUUAUACAGUAUGGAAAUGUUCUUUUCUAAUAGAAUGCAAAAGUUGGGUUCCAAAGGUAAAAAUCCCAUUCAUUUUCUCUAUGACAAUUUAAUUUGUAUCGAUAACUUAUACACCUUUACAGACAGACCUACCGUGAGCUCUGGGGUUGUUAAUCGAUGGUAUAUAGUAUGCUUUUGUUGAAGCCAUCAGUUUAUGUUAUUUCAACUCCAUAAAAAAAUAAAAUUAAAUCAUGUUUAAUAACAAAAUUCCUGGUGAAAAACUACACUACCCAUGAUCUUUUUUUAAUUUUUUUUAUCCCCUUUUCUUCCCAAUUUGGAAUGCCCAAUUCCCACUACUUAGUAGGUCCUUGUGGUGGCGCAGUUACUCACCUCAGUCCGGGUUGUGGAGGACAAGUCUCUGUUGCCUCUGCUUCUGAGACAGUCAACCUGUGCAUCUUAUCACGUGGCUCAUUGUGCAUGACACUGCAGAGACUCACAGCAUGUGGAGGCUCAUGCUAUUCUCCACAAUCCAUGCACAGCUUACCACACACCCCAUUGAGAGUGAGAACCACUUAAUCACGACCAUGAGGAUGUUACCCCAUGUGACUCUACCCUCAACUGGGCCAAUUUGGUUGCUUAGGAGCACACCCUGGAUUUGAACUCACGACUCCAGGGGUGGUAGUCAGUGUCUUUACUCGCUGAGCUACCCUGGCCCCCCCACUACCCAUGAUCUUGAAGAAAAAGAUCCAACAAUCAGAGAGUUGCUGCAAACAAACCACCACAUGCGAGCACUGCAACGACCACCAACUUCCAUGAUGCACUGUGAAUGAUGCAAUCGAGACAGUUUCCCUACACUCUCAAACUUAUUAUCUGCAUAUUAAUAGCAAUACUAUUCAAAUAUAUAGUUACUACAGUAUACUUAUCAUCAGCUAAGAAUCAAUAGUUUCAUAUUUUUCAACAUUUUUAAUUUGUCAUUUGCAAUGCUUCAUGGGAUUGUAGUUCAUACCCUCAUCAAAGACGUUAAGUAGAUCAUGAACCUUUGUCUUUUUGUCCAAUUGUCAAAUACUUUUUUGCUUCAAAUCAAAGCUUGUAAUCUUGUGAUUCACCUCAGAGUUUGUUGGUUUGGUUUAUGGUUUAGAACUCUUUUAUGAAGGAUUUUCUGAAAUCCCAAUGAUGGGAAAAACACUUGGCUGAGAUGGCAGAACCGAGAUGGCUUGAAAAGUGGGCGGGCACUGUUGUGUUCUUUAGUUUGCAACAUUAUUUUAGGGAGAAACAUAAAACAAAAACUUGAAAGUAAAAUUUAAUUACACUUUGUAUAUUAACCGAAUUGUUUGUGUAUUGAGUUGGUUUGUGUGCAGAGCUUUUAACGUCUCUCUUCAGCAAUAAUUAUGUAAAAACUGAAUUUCUUUUUUUGUUUAUGAAGGUUAAACAUAAGGGCAUGAAACAGACUUUGUACAACAGAUGUUUUCCCAAUUAAUUAAAAAUGCCUCUUAAUAUUUUAUGUCAUUUAAAGAUUUAAAUGUCAAACUGUUAAAAAUGAUGUAAAAGUGAUCAACUAAGCCAGGCUAAUCAAAAAUGGCAAUAGAGAAUUUAAGGAGAUCUCAGGCUAAAUGGUAGCUGUUGACAUGGGACUCCGACUGUGGCUUAAAAGAAUAUUCCGGGUUCAAUACGAGUUCAGCUCAACUGACAGCAUUUGUAGCAUAAUGUUGAUCACAAAAAAGAAAAAAAGCACUUACAAUGGAAGUGAAUGAGGCCAAUUUUAAGAUGGUUUAAAGGCAGAAAUGUAAAGCUUAUAAUUUUAUAAAAGCACACUUAAAUUCUCAUGUUAAAACUUGUGUAGCCUAUUAUUUGAGCUUUAAAGUUAUUGUUUAUUUUAUCGCCAUCUUUGUGGCGGACUACUAAAUUAACGGGAUUAUAGGGUCUAUGGUAUUAUAUCAAGUUGCAAAAUUGGAUGUAACUACACAGGAAAGUAAUCAAACAUCUUGUGGCUAUAAUUUUGAAACUGAGAAUUUUAACAUUUACGGAUUGGCCCCAUUUACUUCCAUUAGUUCCAAUCAUUGACUGUUAUCCAGAUUUUUUUUUUUUUUUUUUUUUUAAAGAAAAUGAGGGACAAGUUAAAAUGAAUUUUUGUGGUAAUCAACAUGCCACAAAGGCUGUCGAUUGAGCUUAACUUGUAUUUAAAUCGGAAUAUUCCUUUAAUAUUCAUAAAGUCUGGUUACG